GGGGAAGGGCAGCCUGGCUGGGACAUUGGUCGCUGCGGGACGUGGAGCCGGGACCCUCCACCUCUCCCUGAGGACUGGAAGGGAGGCAGCGGCUCAUCCGGACUGUUCCUGGGAUCACCUCGGUGGCUCCGAAGUGGGUCCCCGGUGGCUCAAUCUAUCUGAUUCAAGCAGCCUUGUAGGACCAAUGCACCUGAUUAGCUCAUGGAAGAAAAAGAUUAUAUCAGGACAUCUUUGGUUUCCAGGUUACCGAAGUAUGAAACAAAGGCUUUAGGCAAUGUCCUACAGCCAUUGUCAAAUGGGACCACUGUUAAUUUAUCAGGGACUGCUCAAAGCAACAAUGGCAAAAGUGGCACCAAGCACAAUGGCACUGUUUAUACGUCUUCCUCUUUUAACUGGAGAAAAUCAAAUAAAUAUCAACUUUGUAAUCAGCGCGGUGGUGAAUCUAACUUUGCUGAUAAUUCCAAUGAAAAAAUAAGUGAUUCUGAAAAGUAUUCUCAGUCUCGAGAAGCAUUUGGUAAAGAUGUGCACAGGGUGGGUUUGAAUGACACUGCUUUACUAGCAUCAAAAACAUCCAAGCAAACCAAUACGUUUGUAUCAUCUACAAAAGAAUUAAACCCGAAGUCUUUGCCUGUACUGUCUAGUUCAGCAAAAUUCUCCAAAGGUACAUUAUUAGGCAGAACUUCGUAUUCUGGACUCAAUGCUCCAAAAUCUCGUUUAGAUGGAUUUUAUGGAAAUAGGCCUACUGUAGGCUUGCAGAGACCUAGAGUUAAUUCUAGUGCCACCAGAAACAGUUCAGGAGAGGGUCUGGCACAAUCAACAGACAAUGAAACUUAUUCCUGUGAAAAAAUGAUUAGAUCGCAAAGUUUUUCACAUUCCAUUCCGAAUUCUUUCCUUCCUCCUGCAUCCCUAACCAGGUCACAUUCCUUUAACAGAGCUGUGGACCUCACAAGGCCUUAUCAGAAUCAACAUCUAGCCAUCAGAUCAUCUCAGAGGUCAACUUUAUUAUCAAGAAAUACACGGCAGUUGAAUAUACCCAGUGGAAAUGAACCUUUAAAAUAUGGGUUUACUAGGGCAUAUAAUGCCAUAUCAACCUGUGGUUCAAAAAAACCACUGUUAUUAAAUGAAUCUGGAGCUGCAGCUGCUUUGGAAUACCAAAUGACUCAUCCUUCUUUCCUGAAGCGUAAUGGACAACAAUUUACUGGAAAGAUCACUGUGGGUGAUAGCAAGAGUACAACUACUGACUCUGGUUUCAUGGAUAAUAAUUCUGAGAUAUCAACAAAUAGUAAUGAAAUGGGUGAAAAAAAAGAUGUAAUGAAAAAUGACAGUCACAGAAAAGAAGGAAGUGAAAUCCUGCAUGACAGUUUGGGAAAACAUAAUUCAAAAGUUUUAUGUACGAGUGACGAUGUGGAUGAAAUAUCUAUAUCUUCCAUGUCCUCUUGUGAGAAAAAUGACCUAAGUGAAGACUUUAGUGAUGAUUUUAUAGAUUUAGAAGAUCCAAAUAGAAUAAUAGAAGCACAUCUGGAAGAAGUCCUUAUUCAAGAAUUAGAGCGUGGAGCAACACCAAUAGAGUCAUUCAGUUCUCUCAAGGAAAGUGAAAGUUCUCACUGUAAUGCUGAUGAUUGGCUAGAUAUGUCUGCAGUAAAUAAUAAAAAUCAAAGCCCAAAGCAUACUUUUGGGACCAACUUAAUGUCUCCAGAUACGAAUUGCAGAGCUGGCUCCUCUUUUGAGCUUUCUCCAUCUGAUAGUUCUGAUGGAACCUAUAUGUGGGAUGAAGAAGGCUUGGAGCCUAUUGGGAGUGUCCAUCCAUGUGGAAGUUAUGAGUCUUCAGAAAUGAACAGUAUAGAUAUCUUAAAUAACCUUGAUUCAUGUGAUCUUGAAGAUGAUGAUCUCAUGCUUGAUGUGGACCUGCCUGAGGACACACCUUGUGAAAAUGUGGAAUGUAAAAAUAUGAACCGUUAUGAUAGACAAGACAGAAAUGCCCGUAAACAGUCAGAGGGAUUCUGGAAGAGGACGCAACAACGUUGGAGUGCACAAGAUCAUUAUAAUCUUGGCCAUACUGACCACUAUCUCCAUGGUAAAAAUGAUAUUAGCAGAGGAUCCAAGUACGCAGAGUCUCCAGUUGGUCACUUUGAAAAUUAUGGAACACCAAACUUUUACCAGGCUCCUAGACAAUUUGUGGGUUUACCAGAAAAUACCGUGAUGCUUGAUGAAAUGACACUUCGGCACAUGGUCCAAGACUGCACAGCUGUAAAAACUCAGUUACUGAAACUGAAAAGAUUACUGCAACAGAAUGAUGAGUGUGUGUCACUACAGGACAUCCCAUUUUCAGUUUUGUCAAGCCCAGAACCACAGGAUGCUGAUCCUCCAUGCAAGACUGAAGAUUUGCUCAAUGAAAUUAAGCAACUUAAAGAUGAAGUGAAGAAACAAGAUGAAACAAUCAAGCGAUUAGAGCAUCAACUUACUACUAGAUGCAACUGCCACGAAGAUGGCCAAAAACCUAAAGCGGCAACGUGCACAUUGGCUGACAAAUUCACACAAACCUCCUGGAGAAAAAGUUCUCCUCAAGUACUACAGCCUUCCAACAGCCUUCCCAAUACCACAGACCUCGCCCAGGGAAAAUUAAUUAAAAUGUCACAUAUCAAGGCCCCCAGUGAAUACCAUAAACAUGGCCUGCAUGAAAAUGGUGAUCAUCAGAAUAAAAAUGCUGCUGAUGGGUCUCAUGCAAAUAGCCUGAAUGAACAGAACCUUCUAUUGAGUAUACGGUUAGGUAUAAAAGAUCUGAAUGAGAACGCAUUUUUGACAGAAAAUUUGAAACUUAAAAAGAGUGCUAAAGAACCUGGAGAGAUGGCUAGUAAUGAAGAUAAUACACUACAGUCUCAUGAUUCGUCUUUUCAGACACCUUCCCACGUGAAUACAAGAAAGAUGCAGACUAAGUUAGCUGUGAGAAGUAAACAGUCAUCUGUGAACCAUGCCUCUCGGCCAAAGACUAUAAGAAUUGCAAAGCCCCCAAGCGCAAAUGCUUUAGUGUUUCCUACAAUGGCCAUUCUUGAACCAUCUCCAGCUUCCAAGGAGCCUGAAAUACCACCACCAAGUAGUCCAAUACAUCUACAGCCAACAUCCAGUCAGGCUAACCUAAAGGGUAAACAGAGCCAGAAGAUGUCUAAACUUUGCCCAGCAACUGUUUUCUUGCUUAAAUCUAAGCAAAUAACUAUCCCUAAAUCUUCAUUUAUAUCUCAGGAGCCUCAAAACACCUCUUCCAAGACUAGCAUCCCAAGGCCACUAACACAAAGAAAGGAAAAUAUGCAAAAUCAAAACAUCAGUUUGCAUUCUGGGGAUAGCUUGGCCUCUAAUCGACAUUCCCGCCUCCCUAAACCAAAGACGCAUUAAUAACAUGAACAUCUCAUUGAAAAGAGUCAUACAUCAAUUUGUUUCCCAUACAUUGACUGCCUUGGUUAAGGCUUCUUUACAAAGAGCCUCUAAAUCCUGAAUUAAUAUUAAAAUUAGCAUCUUUCUAUAAUAUUUGCCCAGUAGAUUUUGACCUAUUCUGAAGUUUAAACUAUCAAAUAUGCAGAUUCUUGUAAAAGGUCAAAAUUGUCCAACUAUGUUCAAAGUUUGUUAUCAGUUGUUCUCAAGAGAACUGCCCAUCAGUUCUCUUAAUUUAGUAAAUGAUGAAGCCUGCAAUGACCAUUACACACUUUACCGAGAUGCUAUUCUGUGUAUUUGUGGAGGAGAGAAUGCUUGCAGAAAUCGUUUCUGGUCCUUUUUGGAUUAUCAAAUAAUGGAGUUACUAGUAAAUCUCUAGGUUCUUAUUACCAAUUAGGUUAAAGCAGUGGAAUAUACACUAAAUCUAUAAGGCUUUCUUUCUGGCCAUAAUUGUGACUGUAUUCCAGAGGCCUAUGCAAAAUCUUCAUAUUUAUCAGAAUAAUCGCAAGUGAUGUACAUCAUACAUUUAAUGUUUGUGGGUUUUUUCCUCUGUUAUAAUCAGAGAGUUACUAUAUUUGUUUUCUAGCUCAUUUUCACUGUUCACAGAUGGCAAGCAAGCAAGCAAAUUGCACAGGGUGAAAUGCAUCUUAUUAUAUAAAAAUACCAUCCAUUCAUGCAUUGCAGUGAAACUUUGGUAUGCUUGAUGUAUGGUUUAGGUAUUAUUGAGAAAAUUUUUGAAACACAAUGCUAAGGAUACUUGUGCACAAACCUGCCUGUGCAAGUGUUUGUGAACUGGUAAGUGAUAAACCUCUGGGAAUAAGGGGUACAUGAUACCUAUGUUGAGGGUUCCACAAUGUGUUUUAAUUACAAACUUUUAACUUUAUUGUACUACUUGUAUUUAUUGAUUUCUGUUUAAUAUUGGAAAGACUCUGAAGUACCUGACUUCAGAUGUUUGCAGAAAACUUUGCCAUAUGUGUAGGGAUUUGAAACUAUUUUACGUAAUAAAAUUUGUUUCUGAAAACUAUUUUUAAAAACCCACAUAUUUGCUUUGAACAAUCCUAUGAUGUCCUAAUCAGAGCUGGUACUUUAAGGAGUUUUUCAGAGAUGUGUAUUUUUAUUUUAUUUUUUUUGGGGUGGGUAACUAAUUUCUAAACAAGCUUCUGGUAACUGGGAAGGAGCUGAAUGGGGAAACAAGAUAAGGAAAAACCUUUCUGCUCUGUAAAUAGGUGUUCUUUUUUAAGGUAGUCUUGAAAUAUUUGACUCUGAAGAGGAUGCCAUGGGACUGUGAAAUUUGUAAAUGUACACUAUGGGUUUAGGAUGUGCAUAUCCAGUAAAGUGUUCCAAAAAUGUAUCCAUAUGUCCCCAAAACCAUAGCAUCUUGCCCCUCAACCCCUCCCUCCCUUGACCUGAAUCUGCCUCAAAAUCAGCAGAAUUAUUAUUUUCAAAAACAUUAAUGAAAAAAAGAAACAAACCCCAAGAACAGUAUUUUGGACUUUGCAAAAUGAGGAUGUAUUAAAGUGAGCUUUUCUAAGAAAUAAACUGAGUAUGUAUGCAUGCAUGCAUCCACAGAAAUCUUCACUUCUAAGCUUUUAUAGCUUCAGUCCACGAAUAGCUUCCCUGGCACAUGCAUGUCAAAUGACUUGAGGCUAGAUGCAAAAAAAAGGAUCCAGAUGCAAAAACACCCCUUGAAAUCAAUGAAAGUUCAGGUGUCUCAGUCCCUUUUAGGAGUUAUCCUUUAAACUUUUCACUAGAUAGUGCACAUCCAUGUAAUCUUAAAUCGCUCAGUGUUCUUUCAGCAAAUACUGAUAAGCAGAUCUUUUCAAUUCAGAUCUGACUACAUUUCUGAAACAAAUUAGAACCAUGAUUUUAGUCCUUAUUUUAAGGAGAGAAAAACAAAGCACUUUGGAUUGUUAAUAAAGGUGUCUUAUGAAUCGUUCAAAAUAGGAUGCAAUGAAGAGACUACUGCUAGAAAUACCAUUAGAAAGAAGAGGUAUGGAGGGUUUUUUGUUGUUUUUUUUUCUCACUCCUUUCCCUUCUUGAGUACAUAGCUGCUCUCUAAAACUAGAGUAGGUCUUUACUUUUGUAGGGGAAAAAAUUGACUUUCUGCACAUCCAUAAAACUGGCUCCUGACAUCUGGGUAUUCCCCCAGAGUUUGAAAAAUGUUGAUAUUUCCAUCGUACUCUUGGUUCACUUUCAGGUCUGUAUAGAUUUUUAAAGCUGAAAGCUGACUGUCCUUUAAAGGAAAGGUUAUUUUGUUUUUUAAAUAUGUAUGUUUUUGUCUAAAGAGAGGCUAUUUUCACUUUAAAAAUGUUGAUGAGAGGUUAUUCAAGUGGAAUCUUGUUUUCCAUUCCCAUUUCCUCUCAAUUUUCAACAGGUCUGAUCUAAGAUGUUAGAGUUUAAAUUUGCACCUUUUCUGACUACAAAGGAACAAAGCAAAAAGCUCAUCAAGGUUUUCAUAAAAUACAAGUUGAUUCUUAAAAAUAAAUUCUAUAUUAUAUAAUGUGCAGAACAGUAAAUAACAGAAUCACAGAAAACUUUGCCACAUUAUAUAUUAUGAAUAGAACACCUCCCCACUUUUACCUGAAAAGGGAAGUAAUUAAGAAAUAGAGCUGAUGACUGUAGAGAUCUUAUGUGGAAUGUGCUAGCUGAAAUUAAUUGUUUUUGUGUUCAGUUUGUAAUGGUUCAUCUAUCUAAACACAAUUACAUAUUUUGGCUUUUAGGGCUUUAGCAAGGAAGGUUUAUUGUAUGUAUAGUAAGUCCAGAGUAUGAGGUAAACUUAAUCGGUUAACGAGCAACUGGGAGAGAGAUGAGGUAAAAUUGAAGUCAGAUUUCAGUGAGACACUGGGUGGAAAAUGAGGUUGCUGUAUAAAACACUUAAAGCAGAGAUAGGCAU